ACACGGGUCUCCACAAUAAGCAAACGAAGAAGAGAGAACACAAGCUCCAUCAUCGACCUGUGAAAUGUCUAGCUGGUUGCAGGAGAAGUCGGGGGAGGUGCAGGCUAAGGCCGGCGAGGCCACGAAGAUAGCCUCCGAGACGGGGCAGUCCGUCCAGGACCGCACCGUCGAGGCGAAGGACCAGGCCGGCAGCUUCCUCGGCGAGAAGACUCAGGCCGUCACCACGGCGGCCUCGGAGACUGCCGAGGCAGCAAAGAAGAUGGGGGACGAAGCCGUGGGGAAGGCGUCCGAGGCGGCGCAGGCCGGCACGGACCGUGCCGUCGACAGCAAGGACCAGACCGGCGGCUUCCUCGGCGAGAAGACCGACGCCGCCAAGAAGGCGGCUGCGGAGUCCGCCGACGCCGCCAAGGAGAAGGCCAACGCGGCCUCGCAGUACGUCCAGGACAGGGCCUCCGACGCGGCAGAGUACACCAAGGCCGAGUCCCCGGUCGCCCCCAAGGAGAACGUCUUUCAGCAGGCCGGCGGGAAUGUGAUGGGCGCCGCCGUGGGCGCCAAGGACGCCGUCCUCAGCACGCUCGGUAUGGGAGGAGAUGCUGCCGCCGAGAAGACCACCAAGGACUAGCUCUCUCGCCCUCUUUUCCUUUCGUUAUUCCCUCCGUAUAUGGUUCCAUUCUCCCUUCCAAGACUGAUUUCUACCCGCGCAUUUGGUUUUAACUUCGAUGUACGCGACCAAAGCAUAAAUAUACUUCCACCUAUCUGAAUC